AGGUUUAUGUAUUCUUACACAUUCUUGUCCUCAUGAUCUUUUAAUUAAUGUUCAUAACGAAUUCUUUAUAAAAGUACCACGGGUGUCUAAUUUAAUUGCUUAAUUAUUUUGUUCGGAAUUUUAUUUCAUAUUAUGUAUCUUUUACAUAGUUGUCGUAUUUAAUAUUUCUUUAGCGUAUAUAUUGUCGUAAGUUCGUUGUCAGGUUGGCUAUGUACCCCGGAAAAUCGGAAAAAGUAAUGUCUGAAAACGACGACGAAUCGAAGUUUAUCAGGAUAUUGUUCCUGUAACAAUUGUGAUUAUGCCUUGACUACCUCAUAAUCAUGCCUAAGUGUGAGCUUUCCACGAAGAUUAUACCUGCAACAUGUGCAUGGUCACUAAUCAUCGUGUGUACGGCUCUGUACUUCGCGUUUGUCUGUCGUUAUUUGAUAGAGUACAGUUUUGCUUUUCCUGUUGUUCAGGGAGUGAUAACAAUGUUUAUGAUGCUCAACCUGUGCCUAUCUACUUUUAUGGAUCCAGGAAUAUUUCCUAGAGCGCCAGAUGAUGAAGCAAAGGAUGAUGAUUUUCGCUCCCCAUUGUAUAAAAAUAUAGAAAUACGAGGUGUCCAGACUCGCAUGAAAUGGUGCACAACUUGUCAGUUUUAUCGCCCUCCACGAAGUUCUCACUGUAGUUCUUGUGAUAAUUGCAUAGAUACAUUUGAUCAUCAUUGCCCUUGGUUAAAUAACUGCAUUGGUCGCAGAAAUUAUCGCUACUUCUUCACAUUUUUGCUGACACUUUGUGUACACAUUACUACAAUAUUUGCACAAUGUGUAUUUUACGCGUUGAAACACGAUAGUGACCUUCUACAACCAGGGCCAAUCAUAUCAAUUGUUAUAAUGAUUAUCAUAGGCUUAGUUUUAAUUCCUGUUUUUGGUCUGACUGGAUUCCAUAUAUUUCUUGUCUCAAAAGGAACAACCACUAAUGAGCAAGUGACUGGAAAAUUUAAAGGUGGACCAAAUCCUUUUACACGUGGUUGUAUAAAGAACUGCUGUUAUGUAUUUUAUGGCCCUAGGUGGCCCAAACUUGUAGGUUACAUUCCAAGGACAAGAACUUUGACAUUAGAUUCCAACAGAAUCACAUACAUGGCUGCUGAAAAUGAUGUCAGCAUAACAACUGCUAACAACUCAAAUGGCAUACGUUCAAUUGCUAAAAAUCAUAAUUUGAGGCCCCGCAGUACCCACGAGCAUGAUGAAUAUCUUGACAAAAGUAGCCAGUCCUUUGAUUGUGAGCCAUCUCCACCUGCUAAUCGUAAACAAGGCGGUUCUUACACAAAUCUCUUUGAUUCAGGCUCAAACCAGCAGCAGCAUUCUACCUCAGCUGCGCUGGCAAAUGCUCAUUCCAACAAUUCAAAGAGACCAGUUUCUCCUCCGUCAGUGAGUCAGCCACAGCCCAAAAAUACUUACGAUCGCCCUGGAGGAAAAUCAGGCUCUUACAAUGUUCAAAAUGGAGGGAGCUUGGGGCGUCAUAAAGCACCAUUGGUUACAAGUGAAGAUGCAGUGCUUCAUAAUACAGGUGGGCCCCUGUCUAUCAAUAGCCCUGGAAUGAAAAGGAGUACUUCUAAUGGCACAAGUAUGUAUGGCACUAAUGUGGAAAAAAAUUUACCUCCCAAGCCACCAUCGUCAAAGCCAUCACCACGCGUUGGUUCACCACAGCAUCCUGUAUCUCCACCAUCACAGCGUGGGGACAGGGGUGGAGGACGCCCACCCCAAACACCCCAUUCGCCCUCUCCGGCUAGGGGUAAUACAAAAGAUUCAAGAUCUAUAGCUGCCCCUUCAACAUCUCCAAUCAAAGACAGGGCUAGAAACUUCUACCCCAGUCGUUCUCGGGAGAAUUUGAAUAGGUCUCAGGAGUACCUUAACAGGUCCCGGGAAUCUCUUUCUGGUACAAAGGGCUCAUCUGAUCAGCUUAAUCGAUCGUUUGAUAGACUUGCACGUGGACAGGAUUAUCCUAACACAUUAGAAAGGACCAGAGGGGAUGGAAGUUCCCCAAGGGAUAAUCCACGUAGUAAUUCCAGAACAAGGGAAGGUGGGGGUUCCAGAGACCCAGAGAGAUCAGGGGGUUACAGUGAUUCUGAUAGUAGAUACUCUAGCAGAGAUAAACAAAGAGAUGUAAGCACGUCUAGAGAGGCGGCAGGUAAAUAUGGAGAUAAUCAAGAUUCACGUCCCAGAAUGGGAUCAGAGUCACACUCUAAGGAAACUCAUCGCCCUCGAGACAGGGACCGCUCUAAAAGCUUUGACUUUGAUCCUCCUAGGGAGAGAUCUGUAUCAAGGGAUAGGCCAGCUGGUCGGGAGCGCAGUUUACCUCGCAAUCUUUCAGAAUCAUCUCCUCGACCAGGGUAUGGAGAAGAAAAUAGUAUAGGUAGUGCACACAAUAGCUCACAACAGACUAUCUCAGGGUACCACCCUCUGCAGACAUCUAGCGUUAGUAGUAGUCUAGGGCGCCCCGGCAGUUCGUCGAUCCUGUCCUCAGGCAGCUCUGUGCGUUCACCAUCAUUUGCUCGGAAUCAAAGCAUCUCCACAAGCAGCAAGGCUCCUGGACCUCCAUCUACCAAUCCUUCCAUUGCUUCAUCUAGACACCCCAGUCAAUCCUCCUCGGUUUCACUGCAGCAGCCUCAUCCACCUAUGUCUUUUGUCAAAGCCCUGGCAGUAACUGAUGCUGUUGAAAUUCGUGAUAAACGCAUCCAUGAAAGACUUAGACGCCAGAGUCAGGGUGCUCGGAAAGAAAAUACAAAAAGUGUUUAUGAUACAUAUGAGGCAUCUGUGUGAUAGAAUGAAUAGUUUGUACAGAAGAGAUGUUAUUUUAUUGUUAAUGGACACAUUUUAAGCUGAAUGCAUUUCAAAGUCAAAUUUUUUUUUUUUAAAUUCUGUAUUAUGUCCAAACUCUACUAGACAUUUUAAAAUAGUUUACAUAAUAUUCUUUUAAUGACAUUUUUAAAAAGUUUGGCUGAUUACCAACAUAAUGACAUUAUUUCUUAUUUCUAUUAGUAUUUAUAUGUACUUGUUGAAAAAGGUUGAAAUGACUGGCCAGAAAAAUGUUUAUUUAAAUUAAAAAGGCUAUUUUACUUUUUAUUAGUAAAAGGUCUACAUGUAUCUAUUAUCACUCCUUUGAAUUAAAAUAUGAAAUUAACAGAUUAUGCAUUUUGUUUGUACCAGAAAAAAAUUAGAUCUAAGUUGUUUUUCUUUUUAAAUACCAUUUAAGCAAUAAGUUAUUGUACUGUAUAAGUUCUGCAAACAAUUUCUGUACUUAAAGCAUACAUUUCUUUUUCUCUUUUUGCUUAUUUCAUUCUUUAGUAAAUGUAAUUUUGUUCUCUACUAGUACAAAUAAAUUUUCCCAUAAAUUAUCAUGUAUACAAAAAACUGGGUUGUUUUACAGAAAGCAGAAUGAUCAUAGAUUUUUUUAGUUGACUUCUUAUCUGUAUUGAACAAGUAGCUUUAAUUUUUAACAAUUUAUUUGGAUCUAAGAGAAGGCUAAUUUAAAUUUGAUAAAAAAUAUCGAAGGUAAUUCAUGGCUUCUUGUAUAUACAUAUAUACAUAUAUUUCUGUAGCUCCAGUCAUUUCCUGAUUUGCCAUCACCAAGUGUGAAAUUUCCCCCAAUUUUUUUUUUUAUUGGUCUUUUGAAACCACAGCACUUGACCUUGCAAUAUGUUCUAAUUGAUUUUCCAAAAAUUGUCAUUUUUAUUGAUUAAAAUAACGGCUAAUUUGUAAUGUGACCGAAUGGUUUUUCUCAAAUUUUCAGCACCUUUUGCAGUGGUAUCUUCAAGUAUUAUUUUUACUUAGGACAUGAUUACAAGCUUUGUCAUAAGCUACCAAUGAUAAUUAAUGGAUCUGACCAUAUUCAUAUUAGGUUAAUGUUCUAGCGUAUUAAGUUCGUGAAGUCAUGUGCUGUGCAGUGGUGUGUUAAAUAUGUUUUUUAUGGUCUAACUGUACUUAAAACCACAUAUCCAAUGCAAAUGAUAACACAAUCAUAAGUAUCAUAUGUCAUUAUUGUUGGCCACAGUUUAUGUGGUACAUCAGUGGUGCUUCCAUGGUGAUCAGUAAACACAACAGAAUUGUGGUUGUUGAAAUCUUUUUUCAAUAUCUUUUACCUUUUUUCCUGCGAUGACAUAUUCAUGUACAUAAAAUUUCGUGUUCUUUGCAUAACUAGAUUAUAGUAAUACUCUUUGAGUAUUUCCCAAAACUCAUUCCGGCAUUGGGUUUUGGAAAAUUUAAAAAUUUGAAUUCUGUAAGUAACAAUUUUUAUGACCUAAGGUUUUCAAACCAGAAUGCCUCCUUUUGUAAAAUCUCUAUUGAAACACCACCUAAACAUUUUUAUGUGCUGAUACUUUCUUUAAUCUUGGAAGCUCUUUCUGGGUAUUACUUUUUAAUUUUCAUUUAUGUUUUAGUUUUUUACGUUCUACUUAUUAUAAGGAAUUCUGCUAUUGCAUCAGUAAACUUAACAGAACAAAUAACUAUUUUUUUAAACCGGAAAGAUUUGCAGCUUUUUAUACGUUUCCCAUUACAUUAAUAACUUUUCUAAUUUAAUAACAAACCAGUUUACAUUUCUAUAAUCUCCAACAUAUUAGCCUUCUCUGUGAAAAAUAAUUCAGUUUGUAGGUUUCAAUUGUAGAUAGCAUUUCAUUUUUUUAAUGAAAUGGAAUACUCAAAAUUAUUGAUUGUGAAAGUAUAAUUAUUUAUCUUUUUCUGAAUCAAUUAAUGAAUUUAUAUUUAAUUUCAGCUUAAAUAAUUGUCCAAAAAAAAUUGUCUGUAAUGUAAUCAAAGGCGGUACUUGUUGGUGGUUUCAAGACUUAACACAAUAAAAAUGGAUAAUGGUAAAUUUUUCCUCAGUUGUUGAGCAAAUGUGCUAUUUACUAAGGCAACAUCAUGCUAAUCAAAAUAAGUGUCGAGUGUUGUGUCUCAUAGAGAGCCUAUGACUUAACUAAGUAAAAUGCCAAGUAAAGCAGUUACUAUAGGGGAUAAAAAAACCAGUGUACAAGAUUUCCAAAUGUUGUGACUGUAUUACACCACACUUUUUUGUGUGGGAGAGUUUAGUGAGCAAUACAAACUACAUUUGUAAUCAAUAUAUUUCCUAAUAAAUGUUUCAUACUUUUAUUAUGUAAAUUAUUUUUCUUACUGUGGAAUGUGAACAUAGCUCUUUAACAAGUCACAAGUUCUGUGACCUGAAUUUAUGUUUCAAUUUGUUAAACAUAUUCUGUUUUAUUUUUAAAUUAAAUGCUAAAUUGUUUCUUAAGACAACACAAGGGGUUACACAUUAGACAGAUCGCAGAAAAUAUAUGAGGUUGUACUCUGAUAGCAUAUAUAGUUAUUAGGUUGUGAAAUUGUUUGCAUUGAAGGUUAUUUUUCAGGUAGCAAUCAUUCUACUAUCCCACUCUGUUCCGUGUAAUACUAAUAUCUACUUCCAUAAAUGUUUACAGCCUUUUAUCUUAUUUUAUGGUUUAUUGUAAACUGCUUUCUUAAUAAGCUGAUCCUAUGAAUCAAAAUAAUCUCUAUUAGUAGGCGAGUAUAUUUCAUCUUAUUAAAGAAUUUUGUUGUACAUUGAAAUGUCCAGGUUCCUAUAGAUUUGUUUAUAGUUUCAGUAAAAACAAAAGUGAAUGAACUUCAUCAAAACAUUUUUGGUAUUAAUUAAUUAAAAACUUAUUAAUUUCGUAUGUAUUUGCUUUGAAUAAAAAAAAUUUUAUAAUCUAAAUCAAAUGUUAGGAAGAACUGUAGGUAAUGCAAAUAUACGUUAACAUCUACUUCAGUUUUUAAUUAAAAUACGCAUUAGUUAUGUGAAAUAAGUGCAAUAUUUUGAUUUCUCUCAUUGCAAUAUGUUAAACAUUUAGAAAACCGCAAAACUAUCAGGCAGUUCUAAAAAUUUUUCAAGUACCCUGGUUUUUCUUAUGAGUGUAUGUAAAUCUGUUUAUUGUAACUUUGUGUCAGAUUUAAAAAUACAAUAAUUUGAAUGGCAAAUUUAAAAAAAAAAGUUUCUCAUACAUUUAAUGUCACAUCUCUCUAGAUAGAAAUGUGUGUCACUUAUGUCAGUUUGAUCUUUGAUAUAGGUUUAAGUGCCAUGUUUGCCUUAGCUUUCCAUUCAGAUACCCAGCUGGCUAUUAAUAUUUAUCUCAGUGUUUUUCUUGCAUAAUUCAUGAGUGGUGGCUUUAGGUAUAAAUUAAAUACCUUAGAGGCCAUAAUCAGAGAGUCUGCCAAGAUUUCUUACACCUCCAUCAUCACAGGUCCUUUGACAUAUUGCGCUCAAUAAUAUUUAUUCAUGUCAUAUUUUAGUAUAAUUAAUUGUUUCGCAUGUCUGUCUUAGAAUUUAUAAUUUUUAAUCACUCUGCUUUGUUGACCAUCAGCAUUUGAUUUUUAAAAUUUUCAUCUUUUAGCUUUAAUUCUAUGUGUAUAUUGUUAAAGUUAAGACAUUUUAUCAACAAGUUUUCAAACUUGAGAACAAAUGUUUUUUUUUUGUGUUAUACAUAAAGAGUUCAGUAAGUUUUUGUACUUUUAAAAAAAAUUUAGUAGGAUUAGAUAUUUUUCUGUAAAAAAAAAAAUCGAUGUUAUGUGGUUUCCUUGAUUUGAUCCCUUAGUAUCAGAGUGGUUAGAAUUUUUAAUUAAUCAUAGCUACUUGCUUAAUCAAUUCUCACGCCAUCUAUCUCUGUUCAUCUAAUGAAAAUGUAUUAGCCACAUUCUAAUUUGUGGUAAAAUAAUACAUUUUUGUUGACUCAUUCAAUAGAAUUUAACACUAAUAUAUAUGAUAGCUAACAAAGUGAUAUAUUGAGCCUAGGGCAUUUUAUGAUUUGGAGAUUUCGCCCUAUGUUAUAAUGGUUGUUUCUUUAUUGGUUUGUACAAUUGUUUAAAAUGUUAUGAGAAUAAUCGUCAUUAUUACUUCUGUAAAAAUGCUUCAUUUAAUGAUGUGAUAAAAAGUGUAUUUAUAAAUGAGUAAUAAAUAUUUGUGAAAUGCU